AUGCAGAAGGUCUGGAGGUCAGUGGGUCUUCUUUCACUUUGCUUCUUUGGUUUGUUGGCCCUGCCUUUCUGUUUCCAACAAACGUUUGAGAUGCUCUAUCAGCAGUAUAAUCAGAACUUCCAUUUCUGGAGUUUUCUGACUAUUCCUUCUUCCUCUUGGACUAUCUUCUGGAUUUCUCUUGUUGGCCUUGGAGGGUGGUUGAUCAGUAUUCCUUCUAUCAUCCUGCUCUCUUUUACGCUUCAUUUUGGAUUGAUCAGGAGGACUGUAUUCCCCUUCUCUUUUAUAGGAGAUGUAUUGAUGAUUGAGCUUCCCUAUAAUGCAUCUGCUGCUGGAUUACAUUUUGCUGCUGUGAUUGUUGAGUGCUUUAGCUGGAUGAAGUUUCUUCCUGCUCAAAGCUUGGACUGGAGCAUGAAAUUCUUUAAUGCUGGUUUGGGAGAGGAUACUUACUAG